AUGUACAUAAACACGGCAAAGAGGAACAACAGUACGACACAGAACAGUCCCAAUUUGCGUCUGGACUCUUCGAGAAGUACUUAUACACCGAAUCUGUCCGUGUCAGUGCCAGGAGUAGGCAACACAAGAAAGAAGAAGAGCGAUGUUGGCAGCACGUUCCAAGGGAAGGAGCAACAGAAAUUGAGGGGGUCCGUACCACAGAACAAGACCAAUGCACGUAAGUCGGUGCUGGGGACCCCCGAGGUGGCGGUGGCUCCUACGCGGAUAUUCCCAGAUGCGGAUGGCACCUCUUAUUUCACCCCGAAACCGAUGAGCAAUGCUAUUGGACAGAGUCCCGUUACAUCCCCGAAACGGACCAGUAAACCGAAGCAACCCGCUGCUGUGAAGACUGGCGAGAGGGUCAACACAUUGGAGUAUCUAAGUCGGCCGAAACGGAUUAACGAGUUCCGGAGCACCGCUGACGACGACAACCUGAUCCGUAUAAACACGGAGCACAACAGACACAUCCCUAUGAUUCGUUCCAAAUCGUUGCCCUUCAACAGCACGAAACUGAAGAGCAAUCUGAAGAAGGCCGCUGCCGCUGCUGGGGAACCGCGUCCCGAGUUGCAAAGGAGUAAAAGUGUACAUUUUGAGGAGACGUUACCGAUCAAGUAUUUCCAUUUGGAGGAGAGUCCACUUCUGGUGAGUCGGCACAACAGUAGUGAUGAGUUGAUAUGCAAGAUCAAUUUUGACAGGCAGAUCCCGCUGGGGAGGAUGCAACUGUUGAGUGUGGACAGUGACGACGACGACGACGGGGACGCUAGCGACGAUGAGCCUGAUGGGUUUUACGAUUUGAAUUUUGCGAUCUUGAAGAACAAUGGGGCGCCGGGCCACCACAGUAACAUGGAUUUGAAGUUGAAUAUAUUUGUGAACUCGAAACUGAACAAGAAUAUAAUCUUACAGAGCAUGCGGCUAGUGAAGAGGAAGAUGUUCAACAACACCAACGACUACUUCAUUUGGGGGAAAGUGCUUGUGAAGAACUAUUUCUUUGAGAAGCUGAUAUACAUCCGGUACACUUUGAACGACUGGGAGUCGUACAGCGAGGUGCGAGCGAAGUACUUGCCGACACCACCCCAGGUACAAGUUGAGCAAGACCGGAUCAGUGACGGUGACAAGUACGACACUUUUGAGUUCAGUAUAUUGAAUCUGAAGCACUUGAUAGCCAACGAGAACGAACACCGCGGGGCGGAGACCGCGACGACGAAUAACCAGUCUGAAGUUGGGGGGACUCUCAAGUUCUGCAUUCGGUACGAGACAUACAACCCUCGUGACCCGACCGAGCGGUACGAGUUUUGGGGGAACAACAGCGACAAGAACUACUCGUUCCGUGUUGUACUGCACGACCGUGACACCGUUGCCGAUAGAGAAGACACCGCAGCGUCCAGGGACGGCGCCCACUCGAGAACAAACCUGUUCAACGACAAGUACUACAGCGUAGCGAACGAGCUUGGCAGUUACAACCGCAAGACCAACAAGCUUGGAGGGAUCAGUGGCAGCCCCAGCGGUAACCGGCACCACACUCGAACAGGCUCCUCGAGCCACAGUCUUGCCGUGCAGAACAAUCAGCGAUCUACGGCGUCGUCUAAGAAGAAAUCGAUCUUCGAGGAGUUUCUAAGGGACGCGGCGCGAGACCAAGACCAUAACGACAGCGACGACGACUACGACGGGGACGAUCUCAGCGAUUUCAAUUUCAAGAAACCCAUAAACAAGGACAAGUACUGGUUCCACAACGAGCUUGUCAAGACGAGCACGCUCAGCGGCGGCGGGGACCAAGAGCCCCGAAUGACUUUCCGCAACUUCCGAAACCCGUUUGCCGGGUGA